AUGGUUAAAUAUUUUAAGAAGUUCUUAUAUGAGAGCGGUCGAGAUCUCACGUGGGGCAAUCUUGGAACAUAUGGAGUGUACAAUGAUCUCAAUGGAGUAACCGAGAGCAGUCGAGGGAAAAUGGAAGCAACCGAGGAAAAUUGGAAGCAGCCGAGAGCGGCCGAGCGAAAAUGA